AUGGCUUGUUUCUCGGUUCCGAUGGAGUUGGUGGUCUGGCUAGGUCUCGUGUCUUCUCUAGUUUGGGUCGCUGCGGUGGCUCAGCGAGCGAUGUAUGGAGUUCUCGACGUGCUGGAGGACGUUGACGGAUCUGGUUUGGCUUGUCGCUUCCUCUGGCAGAGGCUUCGACGAGUUCUCUUUCUCCAGCUCUUUUCCUCGGUAUCAAGUCGAAGCAGUGGCGUCGGUUUCCAGCUUUGCUCUUGCGAGGAGGUGGCUUGUUGGAGUCUGUAG